AUGAAAAAGUCUCACUCGGAUCAACACUUCCAUCCUUCGACUUCAGCCUCAUCAUCGGGAGCAAGACGAGCAGAUAGUAUGAUUCCACUGGGAUCUACCACUCAACAACCACAACCAAUAAUAUCCAAUCCAAUGAUCAAUCCACAAAAUCCUCCUUCAUCGUACCCAAACAUCCAACCAAGAACUAGUAAUUUAUUACCUCCAACUCAUCCACAACAAGUAAAUCCAUUUGAUCAUCAUCCACAACAACAAGUGAAUCUCCCAGCAUCAGGAGCAGUACCCUCUAAUGUAUCUAAUCCUUUUCUACACCAAUCCGUACAACAAUAUAAUACUUUUUAUGUUGCUCCGGGAUCGACUGGAAGUUCUCAUGGCAUGGUUUCACGAUCUAGUGAUUCUUCAUUACAGUCAGGAGGCUAUCCGAUGAUGACUCAAUCCAAUACCACCACCAAUGGAUCAUUUUCAAUCCAAAACGCAAUGAAUUUAUUUAAUAGUACCGUUACAAAAUAUGCUAAUCUAGUACAAUUAGCAAAUAAUGAUGACAGAAAAAGAGCACUGAAAGCUGUGAAUGACUGUGAAGAUAUUGUUACUCAAGUUUUGGAAUAUCACAAUUUGAAUAAUCACAAAAAUAAGGAAAUGUUGUUAACAGCGUGUUUGGAUCAAAUGUAUUUACUUUUCCAAUCUUCUCAGCAGCAACAAAAUGAUUUGAGAUAUAUCUAUGUUAGCAUUUCGUAUCUAGCUAAGAAACAUGUUGAAGUAUUCAACACUGAGGAAAUCAAACAAAGACUUUUAGGUUAUUUAUUCCUGACAAACAAACAUUUUGGAACACAUUCUAAUGCUCCUUCGGGAACCAAUCCAUCAUCUACUACAACCAGUGGCACAACGAGUGGUAUUGGAGCAGCUGCUGGAGGAGGUUUGGUAACUAGUUCUCAAAGUAGUACUACUUCUGGCACUCAAAGUACAACCUCUGUGAAUACUGCAGUGAUGAAAAAGGGAACCUAUCUAUGUUUGUUGUGCUGUGAUAUUUUGUACAAACUUUAUCAUGGAGUGGAACCAUCGGAUUCAACUCUUGGAGAAUUCAAUGCAAGUAGUACAACAACACAAAUGGCUCAUCAGUCGACAGAUGUUUCUCCAAAAUUCAACAUUCAAAAAUCUCAGAAUUCCGUGUUGGGUGUGAGUGAAUGGAGUUUAGAUCUUAUUUGUGCUCUGCUUAAUGAUAGUUUAGAAGAUCGAAUCUGGUGUGAACAUGAAUAUGCAAAAGAUUUUGUGGAUUCCAUAUUAACUGGUGUUCGAGAUUUAGAUUCUACUCCAGUUCUCAAUGACGUUGAAUCUCAAUCGGUACCAUGCCGAUACAAUGAUCCAUAUACACUUGCAAGAGUGAAGGAAAUUAUUGUUUCAUUUGUGGAUCAAUUCCGAAAUAAUACUUCAAAAAAGAGAAUUGAAAAUAUCAUUAGAUUUUGCAUUUACUGUUUGAAAGUGAGAGAAGUGAGAAGUUAUGCAGCAAGAUCUAUGGAAUCAUGGCUUGGUAGCUCCAAUGUUAUAGUUGUCAAGUAUGCAAAAGAAUUACUUCAAAGAAUGACUCUUUACAUUCGAGAAGAUGUUCCUGAUUUGUUUAAUGAAGGAGAUAAGUUUGCAUUUGAGAGUAUUGUAAAUAUGAAAUUGAAACCAGCAAAUAUUUCUACUCAAGUAGAUGCUGUCUGUGGAAUUGUGAAAAACAAUAUUGGAUAUCCAGUAUUGGCUCUAAGAAAAUUUUUGAAUAUUGAAGCUCAACCUCAUCAUAAGGGCAGCAACACAUUCAAAAAUUUACUAAGUGUAUUCAAAGCUAUUCCUUCGUAUCGAGAACGACAAUUAGGAUACACUUUGCAAGAAAUGGUUGCUACAGGAGAUGCUGAAUAUUUUAAGAAUUUUAAAUUAUUGACUCGAAAGAUUAUCAAACAUUGUUACAAUGUACAGAAUGUGGCAUCCAUGGCACUCUCUCAUCCACCGCCCUUGUCUCAUGCGACGAUUGGUUCCACUAACACUACUAACACCAUCAAUAUCAACAACACCUCCUCCAUCACUUCUACACAGCAGGCAACAACAACAAGUUCAUCCAUGACCUCCUCUCUCUUUGAUUUUGUCGAUUUAUGCUCGAGUUUAUUCUCUCCACGUGAACAAAUGAAACAACAACCCUUUACCACACGUAAACGAUGGAUUCAUAACUUAUUUGAAUUGGUCCGAACCAUUAUUAUUACCAUUGUCAUUUUACAUACCUCUAAAGAAAUUGAAGAUCAAGAGUUAAGAUUCAAAAUUGCAACCAUUCAAAAAGAUGCCAUCGAAUGGUGCAAAAAUGUAUUACCUCAAUACUUACCAGAACUUCCCAAUCGCCAAGAAGAAUAUUUUAAUUAUGUGAGAGGUUUUCUAUUCUUUGACUAUCAAUCGUUUAAUGAUGUGAAUGUAUUGCAAACAGUAUUGGGAGAAGUUCCACCCAAUCCAACAGCUGCAUUUGAACAAGUACGAUAUUGGUUCGAUGAAUUACCAUGUGAAGAAAUGACCACCAUUCAUGUUCAACAAAUGGCUCUCUAUGAUAAUUUACUGAAAUAUGCAGAUGCUAUUUUUGUCGUACAGAGUUGCGUGUUUCGAGGCGCCAAAUUGAGAAAUCGAUUAAUUUCUCUCAAGCAACAACAAUUAUCUCAAGCAGCAACCAUGGGCAACAAACCAUCCUUGGUCGUAACAACAUCACCCGUUCUCCUAAAACAUUGCUUUCCAGUCUCUACCUUUGAAGUCAUUCAAAAUUUAUUAGAUUUAUGCAAAUUUAAUGCACUGCCACAAGUGAUGGAUGAAAAGAUACCUUUUCGAGAUGAAAUUGUAUUGAGAAUGUGGUACUGGAAUGCAGUUCUAAUUGGUGUUAUUAUCAUUGCACUGAAUCCAAACACAUUGGCUGAAUUUGCAUUGAAUACGAACACUCCAUAUCCGACAUUUCGAACCAUUCUGGAACGCAUGUUGAAGAAUCAAUUACCAUUAAUGGAAUAUGAAACCGAAAGCGAACAAUUACAGAGAGAAGAAAGAGAUUGUAUUGAACGACAUAUUCGAAAGAUUAUUCAAAUUCAAAAUGAACGUUCCAUUGAACCAAAAAGAUUCGAAAACGAUUCCGUACAAACAUGGAUGGACACAUUUAUGAUUCAUGAGAAGGCUCAACUUGGUUCAAGAGAACGAAGAGUCAUGCCCAUUUCACUUCAAAGAGAGUUAAGAAGAUACGAAUCUGAAUAUCAAUUGGGUCGAUCAUUGAGAGCAUGUAGACAACCUGAUUUCUUCAUGCAAAUGAUCCAAAGAGAACCUUCACCAAGUCAUGCAUUGUCUUGGAUUGAUGGAAUUAUUCAAACCAGUCAAGAAGAAGCAAUUUGUACCAUUCAUGUACUUCCACCACCUGUGUUGUGUGAAUAUUUAAUUUCCAUCUUUAAGAGUGGUAAUAAUAUUCAAAGUGGUAUGGCUAGUAGUAUGGCUAGUAGUAUGGCUAGUAGUAGUAGUGAUGGUUUCACGAGUGCAGUUGCUGCUACCAAUCAAACCAAUCAAACCAACUUUUCACAACAAGUACUGAUCAAUCAAAUCAUUGAUCGAUUAAGAUAUUAUUUGAAAGGCUCCUCUGAGAAUGACAGUUUAGACGUCUUCUAUUUCUUUUUGAGAAAAUUGGCUCACGAGGAUGUUACUGAAAGAAAAUUAGCUCAAUUCUCUCUCAAGAAAUUAUUUAUGGAUUCAACCACUCAAUGGAAUGCUGAUGGAUUUGAUUGGAUUGAUGAAAUUCGUUCAUUGACUUACUUUUCAAAAUGCUACAACAUACUUUGGGAAACUUUUAGCAAAUUAAUUCUCUUUGAAGCAGAUAUCAAAUUUGUGAGCACUUUUACAGAUUUUAUUUAUAGUAACAACAUUGCACCUAGCCUUGACAUUGCAUAUGUUCUCUCUACACUCUUAACUCAACGCAAAUACUUGAGCGAAAAACUCUUCUCAACCAAUUAUAGAAAGAUUAGCGAAAAAGCACAACAAAUUUUUUAUUAUGGAUUGCGAUGGAUUGAAGAGCAUCAAGAAUAUUUCCAAUCGAAUGACCAAGAGCCUCAUAUUAUCAUUUAUAGGAAUGGCAGGGGCUUUGAAGCAAGUGAUCAAGUAGACACUGACUCAACACCACCAUUACGAAUGAAGCCGUUAUUUCUUGAAGGAGUUACUUCAUUCAUGUCGAUCAUUUACUCGAGAAACAACCAACAUUUACUAGAAGAGGUUCCAGAAUUCUUGGGUUAUAUGAUGACUUUAUUCUCCAAAAGUGCAUUCUAUGUUUCAACCUUAGAACCUGAAAACAAAUAUCCUCUCAUUUCUAGAGAAAUUGCUUUGAGCUGGAUGCAAUCCGAUUUAGUUUCACUCAUAGAUGAUGCUGCGCAAGUAUUACCCUAUGAAGAAUUAUUGCAAUUACUCGAGUCUGAAUACAUUGUCCGAGAAUAUGCAGCGGGACGUAUUUAUGCACAAUUUUUGCAUUGCUCUGAAGAGAAUAUUUUACAUGUACUCAAUAAUAUUAUUCAAUCCAGAAUGAUGGAGAUGACGACUACGACGAUGACGACUGCGACUUCGACUACUACAACAACAACCAUGGAUGGAGACUCUACUCAUCAUCUAUUUGCUGCUAACUGUGAGUUCUUGAUGAAUAUUCAGAAUUUCUUGAUGAUGUCCAUUCAUGCCAACAGAAAUAGAGAAUACAUUCAUGUACAACAGAAACUCGUUAACUGUAUCAGAUCCUUCUAUAGCCAAAUUGGAAAUGAUGCAUCCAUGACGAAUUAUAAUGAUGACUUUACACUUUCUCAAGAUUUAUCAUUUGAUGCCUAUGCCAAUAUGGAACAAGUUGAAAUUGCACAAAAUUCAAUGCUCACUCAAGAAGAUGAUAUCAGCAUUGAACAAAUAAGAGGAUAUUCUGAUGAAUCUACCAAAUCAUUCCUCUACUCGAAUAAUCUAUGCGAUAUCAUUCAUCCUAAUCAACGAGAAGAAAUGAUUACCUCGAUUUUGAACUUUGUAAAUUGCGUUGAGAAUAUUGAUGAUGCAUCUCGAAAUGAUCACAUUCACUUGUUAUCUUCAUUAUCUGAAGAAAUUUUAUUAUUUUUACAAGAUGAUGAAACGCAGCAUGAACCUUAUGGAUUUGUAUUGUUUGCUUUAUUAACUCUCUCAUUGCAUUAUUCACUUCUCAACAAGACUGGAAAAGAGAAUUAUUUGAAACUCAUGAAAUGGUGUCUAGAACGAUCUGAAAAGAAUCUUUCGACCAUUCUACAUUCUAUUAUUUAUUCAUAUACUCACCAUAUCUUGUCAUUUUCAUCCAUUCAGAUUAACAAUCAAUUAUUAGCACAAUUUGUAAAGAACAUGGAUGAUAUUUCUCUCUAUCAGUACAGUCAAGAAAUGAAUAAGAAUUUCAAAGCAUUUGAAGAGGGUUGGAAUCAGAAGGAUGAUGAACACACUGAAAUGACAUGGUUCUUGUGUCGAUUGUUGGAUUUGGGAUCUGCAGUCACUGAAUUUGUGAUUCAAUAUAUUGUAGAUCAUUCCAUCCAUACGAGAGAUGUCGAAUUUGGAAUGAAACGAUUGUUGAAAAUAUUUUCAAACAUUAUUCAUGACAAGUUAACGAAUAACAGGAAUGGUGGUAGUAUAUCUUUUCACUCCCAAGAAUUACAACUCAAUUUAUUGAGUGGACUUGUAUUGGAUUGCAUUUCUCAAAAAGAUCCAUCCAUAUUUGAUAGUGUUACUAGUUCAUUGAUAUUUGUGAGAGGUGAAUAUUUCAAUACUAGAAAUUAUUUAUCCACAUGUUUGAUGAGUUCAAUGAUCCAUUAUAGUUCGAGAAGAGAAUUAACCACCAUCUUGGAAAAGGUAUAUCAUUUAUUCUCAUCCAAAGAGAAUUCAACAAGAUUGAGUGAAACACGCUAUAGUCCUCUCUUUUCUCAAUCAUUGUUGAGUUUCAUACAAGCCUAUCGAUCUACAGUUCAAGCCAGUGAUGAUAUUUACACGAAUAGUCGACUCAAAUUACCCAUUGUUUUGAAUUCUGAAAUUUAUCCACUUGUAAUUUCUUGUGUGUUAGAUUUAAUGGAACAAAUUCAUGAAAAUUUACUUUUACAACAACCAUCAUCAUUAUCAUCAUUACUAUCAUCAUUACCAUCAUCAUUACCAUCAUCAUCAUUACUAUCAUCAUCACUACACGAGUCAUCAUCUUUUACUCUCAUUCGACAAGAUGUGCAUCAUCAUCCAUUAAGAAAUACUGAAAAUGCCUUUGAUAUAGUCCUAUUAACCAUGCUCAGUCAAAAUCCAUAUUCAGAUUAUUUAAGUUUAUUCCUUGAUAUCAUGUCUAGUCAAAGUGAUCGUGUCGGAGAUUUAUUUGUGAAAUUCAUUUUAGACAAGUAUGGAUUGCAACCAAAAACAAAAAGUCUCUUGAGAUGGAUGUACUGUUGUUUCCCAACACAAAUUUCAAAUGAAUUACAGAGAAGAGGCCUUUCUGAAAGUGAUAGGAAUGGAAUUCUUUCUCGUUUGGUUUCAAACAAAGUAUUGAGAAAGAAUAUGACGACAAGUUUGGAUGCCAUGCUUCACAGAUUAGGACAUUUAUUAUCCUUUUAUUCAUAUUCUGAAAGUAACAUGGAAAUUUCUAACUUUGCAUUUUCAAUUUUCAGACAAAUUGCAUUUCUAUAUCCAUAUCUAGUGAUUCGAUAUUUAGACAACAUUCUCUCGUUAAUUGAAACGAAUUUCACAUCAAACAAAACAUCAAGCCAAGAAGAAAUGAAACCAGUACUUCGAAUUAGUACUCAAAUUCUUGCCAUAUUAGAUGCAUUGAGACCUCACAUUUUCAAUUUUAGAGAAAUUCUGUUAGAUGAGGUGUUGGAUGUUUAUUUUGUGAUUUUGAAUCAAUCUCUUCUUGUUGCUCGUAAUGAUCAACAUGCCUAUGUUGAAUUUGUUUCAAAAUUUAUUGAUUUUAUUUGUAAUUAUAUUUUAUAUUUAAUGGAAGAAACCUCCAAGAAGAAUCAAAUGCAACCCGUGGUGGAGCAAUUGAACUUUUUACUUUUUCAAAAAGAUUUAUUAAGCAAGGUUCAAGAAAUAUUUCCAGAAAUUUCCAAAAUCAAAUUGUUGCUCUCUAUUAUUCAACAAUUGAGUGCUUUACGAGAUGUAGUGGUUGUAUCCAGUGAUCAUCAUGAUUCAACAACGAGUGCCAUCAAGUCUCACAAUGGAGAUGAUCACGCACUCCUUCUUGUGAAUAAGAAACAUUUCACCAUGUUACCUUUGAGUGAUGAAGAAAUAUUUGAAAUGAGAUUGAGAUUACAUUAUACACAAUUCUUAACAAGUAGUGGUGGUCAUGGUGGUUAUGAUUCAUCUGCAUCACUUCAUUAUGGUGGUAGUAGUGCUGGUGGUAGUAGUGGUGGUAGCAGUAUAUUUGCUUCUCAUUUAACCUUUAUGAAUGGUGGUCAUUCACAACAUCAACAACAACAACAACACUUGCUAACCUCUUCUCCUCCUCGUCAUCAACAACACACUGCAACGACAACGACAACUACAAAUACUGAUUCAUCUUUUUCAUCGACUAUUUCACCAAUAUUCUUUGCAGAAUAUUCAUCAAAUGCUCACUACAAUGCCUAUCAAUUGAAAACUAGAAAUCGAACACUGAUGGAUACCUUGACAGAAAUUGAUACCAUUUCUCAAUAUGAACCAGGUGUUAUCAUUCAUUUUGUUCCACAAUUAUUAGAUCUUUCUAUUCAAGCAAAGAACAAUCGACAAGUGAUGGAAAUUGCCUAUCAAUUACUUGUUCGAGUAUUGCAACACGAUUCUAAACAAUUUUCUAAAAUCAUUCCAUUCUAUUUGGAUACACUUUUGCAUGAUCAUUCCAAUGUAAGAGAAAUGGCAAUCAAAUAUGCCUAUGAUUUAUUCCCAUUUUGCAAUACGAAUGAAUCGAAACAAUUGUUAUUAGAGAGAUUAUUUGUUAUUGCUGAGAAGGAACCACCACGAGUGUUGCAUUCCUAUCUAAGUCCUACUCUUUCUCAAACGGCGAUGAGAACUCUAACCAAGAUUAUUGACAUGUUGAUUAAGAUUAACUAG